UUAUAACUUGAGGGCAGCUCAAUUCGCAGCUUACCCACAUGAAUUGUGUCGGCCGAGUGACCGCGAGGUUUCGUAUGCCGCUGCUGCUUCUUUUGUAGGAGGUUUGGUGGCAAUCUUGUGAUAUGGGGAAUACCGAGGGGCAUUUUGGGUGGUCUUUAAAUCUUGUAAUCGGAUGAUUGUGGUGGGGAAGGAGUGGUGACUGACGGAUUAGGUGGCCAGUGGGAGUAGGAGUGAUCUGCGAGUCAAAACACAAAUGAAAAUGGCGAUGUCGAUGAGUGUGGCAGUUGCAAAUCAGAAUUUUAUACAUAUAAUACCACCCAAGUUGUGGUCGAACAGGACAAUUUUGAGGCCUGUGCGUUGUUGCUCUUCACUCCAAGAACAGGUUAAUAUAGGGGUUGUGUGUGAACCUUGCAAUGACAAAGGAUGGUUGCUUUGUGAUUUUUGUAAAGGGCAGAAGACCAAUGUGAAAGCUGAAAAAAAUCGCAUCUACCGUCGUUGUCCGUCUUGCAGAGCUAUUGGUUACGUCUUAUGUUCGAAGUGCAAAGUCUUCAAAUGCAUAACGUUUCCAAAUUUUGGUGAUGGUGAGGACUUAACCAUUUGAACCCGAAGUUCAGUUUAAUUGCUUUAUCCUUAAGAAGACAUGACAGAAGAAGAGAUUCUUCAAAACUAAUAGGGUACAGGUUGAUCUGAUUAUUGAGUAGCUUAAAUUCUGGUCCUCUUUCUUUCAGGUAUCGUUGUAUUCUUAUUUUCUGUAGCGAACGAACAAUGCGAGUUGUGAUCCAUUGCAAAUCUUUGUUAUUGUAUUUGGAGUAAAUUGCAAUGCAAAUGUUAAAUAAGUUUCGGAUUAAAUGCAGUUGUGG